AUGCAUUCAUACAGGAAGCUCAAAGAACUCUACCCUCAAAUGAGUCUUCGAGCGCUCAAGGAAUUCUACGGACAUUCUGUCAUCCGACAAAUUAGCUUUACCCACCAACAUGGUACGAAUUUCACAGCUUUCAAGCAGAAAUUCGACCCGAAGAGUUUGAUGUCUAGUUCAAGAAUAAAUGUGACGGAACUGAACCAAAUCGACUUGGCCGAAUUCAUGAUCAACACCCUCCCAAACUACUUGAUGGUCCAUUGCGUGCUAGAAUUCCUCGACUGCCGAUUUCUCUGGGAAAAAGUCUUUUCCAUGAACGGAUUGUGCUACAGAUUUGAUGUUCAAAAAGCCAUCGAGCGCCACAACGAGCUCCAUCUGAGCACCGCAAAUGGCGGAAAACUCAGCAAGUAUGAGAAGAAGCAAAUGGAAACAAUUCAGAAGCUGAUGACGCUCAAGUACUGGAAAAACUUUUCGUUCGUCAUCGGUUUGAACAAGUCUGACAAUACAUAUGGCUGGAAUGUUGCUCAAAGUCCCCUGUACAUGCGAAUAUCGCAUUAUCAAAAUCGAUAUGAAUUCGCAGAUAUCAUACCGUUGUCUAAGACGUUGAUUCCUACGAUUUUAAUCAGGACGGUUAAAACAGAGUUCCACGCAAGUCCCUACACAGACUGCGUGCAAGAUCUGCCCGAGUAUCACUGCGCCAAUUAUUCUGAGCCAGUUGGCCAGAGUUUCGCCAACGUCAGCGACAAAUGCUACGAUGAGAGCGUCUGCAAGAUGAAGAUUGCUGUCAAGACCAUUUUGGAAGAGUGUGAAUGUGCGCCGACGUAUUUGGGCUCGCAUAAAAAUAAAUCAUGGCUGGAAUAUCUUCAGUCAGAAGAGGCGCUGGAAGGACCUGAUCAACCAGUUUUCAGGACGAAUGUUUCAAGAUCCUGCAACUUUUUGGAUCACUCAACCUGCAUCGCUUUUCUAAUGCAAAAUCCGGAAGCGCACAUUUCGCCGAGCUCUGAAAAGAUGCACACUUGCAAGCCAAACUGCCAGACCCGAAUUCAUGAUCAACACCCUCCCAAACUACUUGAUGGUCCAUUGCGUGCUAGAAUUCCUCGACUGCCGAUUUCUCUGGGAAAAGUCUUUUCCAUGAACGGAUUGUGCUACAGAUUUGAUGUUCAAAAAGCCAUCGAGCGCCACAACGAGCUCCAUCUGAGCACCGCAAAUGGCGGAAAACUCAGCAAGUAUGAGAAGAAGCAAAUGGAAACAAUUCAGAAGCUGAUGACGCUCAAGUACUGGAAAAACUUUUCGUUCGUCAUCGGUUUGAACAAGUCUGACAAUACAUAUGGCUGGAAUGUUGCUCAAAGUCCCCUGUACAUGCGAAUAUCGCAUUAUCAAAAUCGAUAUGAAUUCGCAGAUAUCAUACCGUUGUCUAAGACGUUGAUUCCUACGAUUUUAAUCAGGACGGUUAAAACAGAGUUCCACGCAAGUCCCUACACAGACUGCGUGCAAGAUCUGCCCGAGUAUCACUGCGCCAAUUAUUCUGAGCCAGUUGGCCAGAGUUUCGCCAACGUCAGCGACAAAUGCUACGAUGAGAGCGUCUGCAAGAUGAAGAUUGCUGUCAAGACCAUUUUGGAAGAGUGUGAAUGUGCGCCGACGUAUUUGGGCUCGCAUAAAAAUAAAUCAUGGCUGGAAUAUCUUCAGUCAGAAGAGGCGCUGGAAGGACCUGAUCAACCAGUUUUCAGGACGAAUGUUUCAAGAUCCUGCAACUUUUGGAUCACUCAACCUGCAUCGCUUUUCUAA